CUAAAAGAAACCUCUGCUAUUGGCCUCGUUGGUGUUCUCUCUCAGACCCUGACACCAAGACACAGACUUUUAUUAUCACUGAUGUCACAUCUCCACCUUACUCAUCAUAACAUCCUUUCUACCUUCUAAUUUUCACACCUAUCACCACCCUCUUUUCACUCUCUGCUGCUGCUCAUUGAAAUCAAUGAAAUCAUUGAUAUUAGUGUUGUAUAUUGGAGAGCCAUAAUAAUUUAUAAUCGCUUAAUCAUUGGGCUCUCUCUUCUCUUUUUUUUUUUCAUCCAAGCCAAUCAAUCUUUGCUUAUGAUAUGCCAUAUCAUUACAGAUUGGUUGGUGGGUGUGGAAGGAGGAGAUUUUAUAGUGGUCAACGAUUUGCUUUGAACUGCUAAAGAAUCAUUCAAAGAUCCAGUUGAGUGAGAACUAGGAAGAUGGGAUCUUUCAUAGGUCAUAUAUUACCAGGGACCUUGUUUCUUCUAGUUGGGGUAUGGCAUAUAUGGGGAUCUGUGGUGAGGUAUGUAUCAAAUCCUAAGACAUUCAGAGUCCAUGUUUGGAAUCCAGUACCAGGGUUUAAUGGGAGACUCAAGCACUUGGAGCUCUAUGUCAUUUCAAUUGGUGCUUUCAUUGACUUGUGUGUGGAGCUUUUGUUAGCAACCCACCUUAGGUUUUUUGUAGAUGGAUCCUUGAACACCACUUACUUCAACAACUUUGAGCACUCUGGAAUGCUUCUAAUGUUUCUUAUCUAUGGUGUUGUUGCCCUCUUCUCGGAAAAGACACGAUAUCUUCCCUUGCCGGUGAGUGCUCUUUGUUUGAUUGCUGCCACAGCAUUCUGUGCAGAGUAUCUUCUAUUCUACUUUCACUCAACAACACACAAAGGCCUUGAGGGAUAUUACCAUGUCCUCCUUGCUUUCCUCAUUGGCCUUUGCAUUAUAUCUUCAAUUGCAGGGGCCCUUCUGUCUACCAGCUUCCCAGUAGAUUUAUGUAAUGGCAUUGCCAUAACGCUGCAAGGAAUCUGGUUCUAUCAGACUGCAUUUGUUCUUUAUGGUCCCAUGCUACCCUCUGGUUGUAGGCUCAAGGAUAGUCAUAUCACAUGCCAUGCAAAAGAGAGUGAGGUUCGGGCUGAACUGCUUGCUAAUGUUCAACUCUUUGUUGCAGUCCUCACUGUUCUUGUAGGAACUGUAGCAUCCUAUGGCUUUGCAGCUUCAAGAUAUAUGCCAACUGUGAAAAACUUGCAAGCAAUUCAAGUUGAGUUAGACAAGGAAUGAAGUACCAACUCAAUGCAGCAUGGUUGACACAUGAUUUUUUUCUUUAAAUUUGUUGUCAGAGAUUUGUUCCUCAAGUUAAUAUAAGUUGAAAAGUAUCAAUCUCUUAAACAAAUCUCAUUACUUUCAUAGUGAUUGACUCUGUGCUGGGAAUAUCUUAGUAAAAGAAAAGAAGAAGAUGAGGAAUGCAGUUGGUUUUGCAGU